AUGGAAAUGAUUCCACUUCUUGAAACUCCUAAAGAAUCUAUUAGAAAAAGAAAUGACAAUCAUCUUGAAAGCUUUAGUCUUAUUUGGCUUAAUAAUAAUGAAAACGUUGACAUCCAAAAAGAAUUACGUAAUACAAUUAAUCAUAUUGAAACAUUCGAUGAUGUUGAAGAAUGUAAAAACUAUAUUGAGAAAACAUCAGAAAAUGAUCGAUUAGUUCUUGUUACUAAUGGUGAAUUCGGUCAACAAAUUAUUCCUUCCAUUCAUCAACUAAGACAAAUUUCAUCAGUUUAUAUCAAUUCAGAAGAUGAACAAUGGUCAAAUGAUUUUCCCAAGUUAAAAGGUAUUCAUGUUAAAAUGGAUGAACUCAUUUCACAAAUCCGUGAAGAUUAUAAAAAUCGUCGGAAAAUAGAAGAACCUAUAUGGAUGAAUAUGUUUACAACAGUAAAUGAUGCAGGAAAAUCAACAACAGGAAUCAAUGGUCAAUUUGUAUUUUCUCAAUUGUUACUUGAUUGUCUUCUUCGAUUAAAACCAAAUGAAAAUGAUCGAAAUGAAUUAAUUUCAUAUUGUGAAAAAGAAUAUGAAGGAAAUCAAAAUGAAUUAAACCAUCUUCAUGAAUUUCAGAGCAGUUAUUCAUCGGAUAAUGCUUUAUCGUGGUAUACACGUGAAUCUUUCUUUUAUAAAACAUUAAAUGCAGCUCUAAGAAAAGAAAAUAUUCAUAUGAUUUAUUUAUAUCGUUCAUUUAUUAUUGAUAUACAAAAUCAAUUAGAAAAUCAUCAAUGUCAAUGUCCUAAUCGUGUUUAUCGAAGUCAAUUAAUGUCAACUGAUGAAUUAAAGCAUCUUAAAAGUAGUAUUGGACAAUAUGUUUCAGUGAAUUCAUUUCUUUCGACGAGUUUUAAAAAAGAUAUUGCAACUUUUUAUCUCGGUGAUACAAAUCAUCAAUGGAUCGAUUUUGAAAAAGUUUUAUUUGAAAUUGAUGCUGAUCCAAAAGUUGUUACAACAAAACCAUUUGCUGAUAUUAGUCAAUUUAGUGAUUUUAGUGAUGAGUUCGAAGUUCUUUUUAUGCUUGGAUCGAUAUUUCGUUUGAAUUCAAUUAUUCGUGAUGAUCAAAAUCAAUUUUGGAUUAUUCAAAUGUGCUUAUGUAGUGAUGAUGAACAUAAUUUAAAAGAAAUUCUUAUGGAUAUGAAAAAUGAAAUUGGAAAUGGUGAAACAAAUCUUUGUAUUUUAGGAAAAGUUCUACGAGGAAUGGGACAUCUCGAUUUAUCGAAGAAAUAUUAUUAUCGUUGUUUAGAUGAACUCUCACAAAAUGAUCCAUUACUUCUUACUGUUUAUAAAGAUUUAGCUAAAAUUGCUUCGCAAAAAAAAGAUUAUGAAGAACAUCUCCGACUGAGACGUGUUAUAUCGGAAAUCAAUCAAACAAUACAAUUAAAUGAUAAUGAAAUUCAGACAAGUGAAAUAGACAAAUUAACCGACAAUGACACAAUACAAAAACGAAAAUCAAAAGAUUAUAUUCGAUGUAAUUGGUAUUUGAAAUUAUUGAUAUGUAGUUUUAUUCUUAUUUUGAUGAUUGGAACUGGAAUAUUUGCAUUACAACAAUAUAUGAUUACAAAAAAAUCAAAAGAAUGCAAAUCAAUAUUGAACAAAUGGAAACAAAAUCCCAUUACCGUGGCUGGUGGAAAAGGAAAAGGUCAAGCAUUAAAUCAACUCCAUGGCCCUCGCGGAAUCUUUAUUGAUACGAAGAAAAAUAUUUUCAUUGCUGAUUUUAAUAAUCAUCGUAUUAUUGAAUGGAAAAACAAUGCAAAAGAAGGACAAAUCAUUGUCGGUGUUAAUGGACAAGGAAACCGUAUAGAUCAAUUGGAUCAUCCAACAGAUGUGAUUGUUGAUGAACAAAGUCAUUCGAUCAUCAUUGCGGAUUCUUUGAACAGACGAGUAAUCCAGUGGAUGAAUCAAAAUCAACAAGUUCUCAUUCAGAAUAUUGAUUGUUAUGGCUUGGCAAUGGAUAAAAAUGGAUUUCUUUAUGUUUCUGAUCGUCUGAAGAAUGAAGUGAGGCGAUGGAAAAUGGGUGAAUACAAUGAAGGAGUUGUAGUAGCUGGUGGAAACGAAAAAGGAAAUCAACUCAAUCAAUUAUAUGGUCCUACUUUUAUUUUUGUUGAUGAAGAUCAAUCUGUUUAUGUAUCAGAUUCUGACAAUCAUCGUGUGAUGAAAUGGAAAAAAGGUUCAAAAGAAGGAACAGUUGUGGCUGGAGGAAAUGGUGAAGGGAGAAAUCUCUCUCAGUUGUCUUCACCUUAUGGAGUCAUUGUUGAUGAUUUGGGUCAAAUCUAUGUAGCAGAUUUUGGGAAUGAUCGAAUAAUGCGUUGGUGCGAAGGAAAAGGUGAAGUUGCUGUUGGUGGAAAUGGCAAAGAAAAUCAAUUGCAUGGUCCCCGCGGUUUAUCUUUUGAUGAUGAAAAAAAUUUUUAUAUUGUUGAUUUAGGAAAUAAUCGAAUUGUAAAAUUUGAAAUAAUUUUAUGUUCAAAAGGAUUCUGUUUUGCAGAUUUAACAGAGCAUAAACAAAUAUUAAAUCAUGAAUUAAAUCAUAUUAUUAAUGAUUAUGAUGGAUUUAAACAAACAAUUAAUGAACAUAAACGAAAGUCACAAAAUCAUUCAUUAAUAAAACAAAUUAAUCAAUGGGAAAGAAUUUCAAUUGAAAAAAUUAAACAAAAAGCACAAAAUUGGAGAGAAAUUGUCCUGAAAUAUUCAUCAACAGUUAUUAAUAAUAUUGAAAUAAAACUUAAUGAUUUAAAUGAACAAAUAAAACAACUUCACAGAGAAAAUGAAUUUAAUGAAAGUAAUUUAAAUCGUUUAAGAAAUCAAUUAAUAGAAAUUAUAGAAGAAUUAAAUAAUCCAUCAAAUAUUUCUAUCGAACAAGAUUCACAAUCAUUAAUUAAUGAAAUUUCAUAUAUUUUAUCAAAAGGUAAAUUUCUAGAAGAAUAA